UAAAAGAUUUUGCAGACUUUGGUUCUACUUUUCCUUCUAAUUUUACUAUAACUAACUAUAGAUUUUCUGAUAGUUGGAUAUUUUCCUGUUUUAAUCUUCAAAGGAGGGAUGAAUGUUCUUUAUAAAGUUGGGCUGCAGAGGAUUUUGGCAUUUAAAUGUGGGUUUAAAUCUUUAUUUUGUCUGCGUCUAUCGUGCUUCUGGCUUUGCUCUCUGUAAAACAAGAUUAUGUUGUGGAUGGGAUAGAGAAUAUGGGAUAUGGAGCUCUGCAGUCCUUCCACGAUGAGGGCAUAACGCACAUUUCUCGGCGUGGAUUCAGCAGCAGCAGCAGCAGCAGCAUCCUCUCUGAAAGCAGUGCUUUCUGCUCAGCCAGUCAGUGAGGCUCCGUCCGUCCGUUCAGGUGGGAUGCUGCUGUCCGAGCAGAACUGAGUCGAUAAACGUAAAAGAGAGUGAAACUGAAAACUCUCUCUGAACGCUUAAUUUCCUCUUUCUUUAUUUUUUCUAUUUCACGGCGGUGAUCGGAACGGAUGCAGCUUCACAGCGGCUUCAGAAGUUGGACAGCCAGAGAUUUGCAUGCCAUGACUGUUGAAUCUGGACAUUCCCUAGGCAGCGCAGAGAAGACGGCGUGGAUCAUUUUAAAAACCAUCUCAUCUGUCCACAUAACGCGUGUCCGGAAGAGUGAUCAACAUUUGGCGCUUUAAAUAAAAAAGGCAUGAAGGAAUACUGAUCUCCGUCCGAACAGCCUCCGGGUGAUACCUGUUAUUUACAGUAAUGGAAUGAAGACACUAUCCUGAGAUAUAAUGGAUGAGAGAUCCAGCAAGCUCAUUUUGGUUCCCAUCUUGGCAGUCCUUUUUGUUAUGAUAGGCUAUCAGUACAUAUGUCCUGCGGGCAGCAAUUCAUGCCACUUUAAGUCCGGGGAGAGAUUCAGAGGGGUGAGCCUGCUUUCCUCCGCUUAUCAGGACGGCGAUGACUUCUACAUAGAUCCCGACCUGGACGAUGACGGUCCGCCGAAGCUGCCGUCGAAAUUCAACUUCUCCGAGAGGGACCUGGACCGACACGUGGAGUUCAACAUCAAAGGGGACGACGUGAUCGUGUUCCUGCACAUCCAGAAGACCGGCGGCACCACCUUCGGUCGGCACCUGGUGAGGAAUAUCCGGCUGGAGCAGCCGUGCGACUGCAAGUCCGGGCAGAAGAAGUGCACCUGCCAUCGGCCGGGCAAAGAGGAGUCCUGGCUCUUCUCCCGGUUCUCCACCGGCUGGAGCUGCGGGCUGCACGCCGACUGGACCGAGCUCACGAACUGUGUUCCGGUCGUGAUGGAUAAGAAGGAGGCCCAGAGGAAUAAAAGGAACUUCUACUACAUCACCAUGCUGCGAGACCCAGUCUCCCGCUACCUGAGCGAGUGGAAACAUGUCCAGAGAGGAGCCACGUGGAAGACAGCUCUCCAUAUGUGUGAUGGACGCUCACCCACCCAGGAUGAGCUGCCCACCUGCUAUAGCGGCGAUGACUGGUCUGGUGUCACCCUAAAAGAUUUCAUGAACUGCCCAUCAAACCUGGCCAACAAUCGCCAAGUGCGCAUGCUGGCUGAUCUAAGCCUGGUGGGCUGCUACAACCUGUCCUCGAUGAACGAGAGCCAGCGCAACGACAUCCUUCUGAGCAGCGCCAUGAGCAACUUGAAGAACAUGGCAUUCUAUGGCCUGACUGAGUUCCAGCGCAAGACGCAGUACCUGUUUGAGCGGACGUUCAGCCUGCGCUUCAUCUCCGCCUUCACGCAGAUCAACAGCACGCGGGCGGCCAACGUAGACUUAAGCGAGGUUGUGCGCAGGCGCAUCGAGGAACUCAACUUCUUGGACGUUCAACUGUAUGAGUAUGCGAAGGACCUGUUCCUCCAGCGGUUCCAGUACACCCGGCAGAGGGAGCACCAGGAGGUGCGCUUGAAGAGACGCGAGGAGAGACGCUGGUUGAGGGAGCAAAGGGAGCAGGGCAGGCCGUGGCCGUCCAAACACAAAGGGAGAGUCUUUGAGAAGGAAACUGAAAACGACUUGCCCACCACCACUGAGGAUUAUACAAGCCAAGUGGUCCGCUGGUGAGACCUCAUCGAACAGAGAGCUGCAACAGACCAGAUCAGACUCUCUUGUACAUGUUAGCACUCUCUUUGUUCUUCAGCAUUAUGCUGUCUUUGCAUCUAUCUGUUUUGUCUGAUAUGAGAGCUUUGUUUCUUUUAGAAAAUACUGUCUUUUAGUCUUGGAGAGCCUUUAGUGUCUUAAAUUUAUAAAUGUUGUUCAUACAUUGUUUUCAUUUAACUACUGCCUUAGUUUUACUUUGCAAAAGGAUAGAGUGAACAAAAAAAAAUCCUGACUGCAUUGAUUUUGAUAUUCACACAAAGUUUUUGAAUGUCAUUGAAGUUAAUAUUGAUGUUCAGACUGUUUUCACUCCAGUAGGUUUAUGUAUUUGACUAGGAGUUCCAGACAUUAUAAAUGGAUGGAGGGGGUAGACUUGAGCAUACAUUUUUACUGUGCAACAAACAUAAAGUGAAAUACUUAACUUAUCUCCAAAACAAAGCAUUUCUUAAAUCUGGUCUUCACUUACUUCACUGCCCAAAUCUGUCAAAACAAUUGGUGAGUCGAACACCGGUUUAAAUCUAAGGUCUACGAUGAGUAAGUAAAUACAAGCAGGUAAGGAAAAAUGCAGAUCAAGUUGGGUUAUGUGUGUGGCUUUCCCCUACCUUUCAACUGCUUCACAAGGAUUAUGUUGCUUGUAAAGAAAUUUCCUAGAGAUCAAUAUAGUGUAGAACACCCAUGACACAAAUGCCACAAAAGUAUGAGAUGUCCCAAUCAAGGCAUUUUUCUACCCAUAUUCCCUUUUUCCACCAACACGGUUCGGAGCCCGUUCCGGUUCCCAAACGUGAUUUCAAAGCAGUAACGUGUUUCCAGUGACGAACAGAGGUUCCAGAGCGCGAACUCUGGUUCAACUCUAGCACCGCAGAAUACACGGCUUUUCAGCGCAAACCGCAACGUUACCCGUGUGCUGUUCGUAGCUGCAGACAUUAAAAGAAAUGAGCACGGUGGCAAAGACGAAGAACCUACCGUAUAAACAUUAUUUACUGUAUAUGUUUGCAAAACACACUAAAAGCAAAUUGUAUAACUACUCGUUUCCGUUACACUCUUGGAUGCUGAACAUAUGCAAAUGAAAACGUUGUACAUACCAUUGUUCUUGCACUUAGCCACCGUCUCCUUUUUUGUAUUAACUGUAAGUUAUGGAUGCUUUCUUUUUGCAUUAAAAUGAAUAUUGUGCGCAGCUCAGCACGCUCUGUUGUCUCACCACCACGUUGAGUAACGCCCACUGUUGAUGACUUGUGCUUGGUUCCCAAAACUGUCGAAACAUGCGUCGGCUCAACAAAACAAAGUUUGAAGCCACACGAACCGUGUACUUUCAGUAAAUGUGGUUAUAUAACACCAAUACCUAAUAUUUACCAGGAGGACAUCACUUAUUUUGGUCAUUUUUCAUAAAAGCCAACUGAUUCUAAUGGGAAUCAGAACAAGUAUAAAUGGAAAUGGUGUGUAAUGCAAAGUUUUAAGAAAAUAAUAUACAUUUUUGUGGUUAUUUUAUUUAUCUUUGUUAUUUAUGAAAAUAUUUAAAUACAAACCAAAAUAAACUGGUAAACAAUUGUAUAAGCACAUGUGUUCAAAAUUUAAAGUGAAUGGGGUGAAACGGCAAUGCAUUUUACCAAAAAGGGCUGUGAUUGUGAAGGGCCAGUGCUGCACUUUAAAGCUACUGAGUUUUCAAGCAUAUCCAUGGCUUUGAUUUUAACGAGGCAUCGGUCUAGAGCUAUCAUGACUAAUCAUAUCAGGAAUACAAACAUCCCUAACAGAAAUCAUAUUUUGUCUGAUAGUUUUAAAAGACGAACAGAUGGUUGCAUGUCACACAAACACAGUAUACCUAGAACUGCAGAGAGUUUGAAAAUAUAUAUUGUACACAUUGAAAAAAGCUCCAUGUCUGAUUUAGGAGUUCUACUGUUUAACCACCAACAUUAAAAGAGUCCAAACUGUUUAA